AUGGCUGCUCAGCCAGGAGAAGGAGCCCAAACUGCAGUUCUAAAACAUGCCAGACGUGGAGGUAAGAAUAUGAGUGCCACAGAAAUGAAGAGAAAUCAGCAGGAUGAUGAGCUGCCAUGUCUGAGUAAUUACGCUCUCUGGAAAGAGUUUUUUUAUGAAGAGGUACAGCAGAGGUGUCUGAGCCUGCAGGAGGCAAAGGUGAAGACAAUUUGUGCACAAAAGGAAGAAGAAGACAAGGUAAAGAAGAGAGAAGCCUGUGACUGGCUGUUCAAAGAGUGGUUCAGUGAAGAGAAAGAGUCACUAGAUACUCGCAUCUAUUUGCUUGACAAACUCCUACCUACAUUAGUCCCAGGAGUGGAAAAACUGUUAAUGGAAGUGGAAAGAAAGAAUGUGCUUGCACCAGACAAAGAACCAACCCCAUUUAACCCCAUUAAUUUUCUUGGUGAAUAUCUGAUGAGAUAUAACCCUCGGUAUGGUAUUUCCUCAAAACCAGGCCCAUAUCUGAGAGGAAUGAGGAUGGUCACAAAGGAGCUAAAAGCUGAGAUGCCAGGCACAACAUCAGAGAGGCUGGCCAGGAUGAAGGCUGAGGCAAAGAACAAACGUCAGGAAAGGGAGCAGGUGGAAAAUAUGAAGUCUCAGGUGAAAGAGAUGAGGAAGGAGGCACUGGCAGUUCAGUUCAAAGAGUGGACAGUGGAUGUCAGUGGCAGAAUACCUGUUGCAAUGGUUCAGAGUGCCCUGAGGUCUUUUCCAGAUAUCAUUGCCUCUGCUUCUAUAGAUGUGAGGAAAGCAAUCUAUGACAGGAAGCUGGAAAUCAUAGACACAUUGGAAAAAAAAGUAAACAUAGAUGAAUUCACAGAGUAUGUCCAUUCCUACACUGAACAUUUUUCACAUGACAUGUUCCAAGAAAUCCUGAAGCAUCUCCGGCAGUGUGCUGAUGACUUUCAAGAAAUGAUAAGACAUGAUAUGUGGAGGCAAAUGUUUGUUGAUCUCUUCCUUGACUGUGAUUGUGGAAAGGUUGGUCUCUUAGACAGACAAAAAAUACUUGCCCUGCUGACAGACUUCUAUGAUAGAAGCCCUGUGAUUGCCAGGAGGGGAUUCUGUAAACCGAGUCAGUGGCCAAUAAUUGAGCUGCAAGAUAUUGAGCUUGUGGAUUUAUGGGGAGGCCUUGACCAGGAAGUUUGUGAGGAACUUGGUGAAAAGUUAGUCUUGACUCAAACAGGAAUUUCUGAGGGAGAGACAUUAGCACAUCAUCCUGUAGAUGAUAAUAGAAAAGGCACAUAUAGAAUGAGACCUAGUGUCACAGAAGGCCUUCUUGAAGCUAGUGACUUGGAUGGAGAUACCAUACACAGUGAGCAACCCAGUUUCCAUGAAGAUAACAAAACUGAGAAGCAAACUGAGUCUGCAGGUGCAGACAGACAGGAGGACUCUUUUGCAGGAUCAGCCUCUACUGGGCACAGUCUCGGUAGAUGUGGAGAACCUGGAUCUGAAAAACAAGUGGAGGAAGAAGAAUUUAGCCUAGGUAGAGAGCCUGAUACAGAAACAAAUAGAGAAGAAGAUUCUUGUACGUUGGACAGAGAAGCUGGCUCAGAAGGGCAAGUUAGUCAAGAGGAGGAGAAUUGGAUUACAGAGUCAGCCAACACGAUUUCAGGACCAACACCUGAAGCUACAGCUAUGACCUCAGAAGACAGAGCUGUGGCAGACAUAGAUGCUAUUGAUUCAAAACAGGAUCCUCCAGUUGCAGAGGUUCUGAAAGAGACUUCUGCAAGAAAAGAGAGUUUUUCUAGUCAGCAUGGCAGCCAGCUUGGCCAACAGACAAGCUCAGAGACAAGACUGCAGGAUGAGGACAUUCUGCAAGGCCAGGAUAAAGACUUACAUCCCAUCAUGGCAGAGAUUCAGAACCACUGGGCUCCCUGUGCUAGGAGUGCCUUUGAUGAAAGCUGCCUCAACCUGCCACAGUUUGUACAGCUCAUGGAGACGUUUGUUGGUGAAAACAUUUCUCUGCCGACUGUGAAGAGGCUUAUUGCAUUUAUCAAAGAAGAAUACAAACAGACAGAAGAGGAAAAAAUGGAACAGCUAGAAAAAGCUCAGUGCACUGCUGGUGUGGCCCAGCGGAAGCUGCUUCUGGAGGCACUUUUCCAAAAGUGGGACAACAACGCAUCUGGGUUUGUGGACCUGGAAGAGGUGGAUGCUGUUCUAAGCACAUUCAAGGAAGGGAUGGAAAAAGAGGCUUUGAGGAAUG